AUGACCAGUGUCUCUAGUAAAAAUAAGAGCUGGAACCUCUUCCCUAUUGGUGGCGGUAAACCUUUGAGGACCGGGUCGACAUAUUCUCCGGACAACAAGUAUUUUAUCCAGCCUUUCAACAGUCUGCUUAAGGUUUACUAUAUUUCCACCAGACAAUGCGUUAAGACCAUCCCAAAUUUGGAGUUAGACACUUUGGUGGCAUCCAGAAUAGAUCCUUUACAGCCGAACUUAUUGUGGGUUUUUAAAUCGACUGGCGAGUUUUCAAUCAUCAACUGGAAAGAUCGUGCAUUCGAUGAUAGCGGUUCGGUAGUGGUAUAUGAAAGCGGUAAACUUUCGACUUUAGAGAACUUGAAUGAUAUCAUUGAUUUCAGAUUUAAUUAUAGCUUGAAUAGUUAUGAAAUAAUGACGAUUUGUGGGAAAUCAUCUCAAAAGUCCCAUUCCAGCGGACACAAGAAAACAUUGAAUAAAGUCUUGAUAAAGGUCAAUGAAAAAAUCAAUAAUAACCAGGCGGUUGCUUUUAAAGACAUUGAUAUUGAAAACAGUGUGCAAAUCCAAGAAUUAAUUUCCAUCAAGAAAGUGUUGAUGUUUGCUAAAUCUUUGGACUCGAGAUGUAUGGUGUUUUUAACCGAAAGUUCAAGCGAUAACAAUAGUGGUCAGAUGUUGGAAUUGAAAGUGGUCGAAUUAAAAUCUUUCAACAUUCACAACGAACAAUCACACCUUCUUCAAAAGAAAUCAACAGUGACGGCAUUAUCCAUUUCGAAUAACAAAUUAGUUGCCAUUGGGCUCUAUUCUGGGGUGGUUGAAGUAUUAUACAAUUUCGUGGCCGCUUCCUCCGAUAACAGUAACAACAGCAAGAUCUUAAGAUGGCAUAUGAACCCGGUUGGUGCGCUAAACUUCACAAAAGACUCUAAUUAUUUGUUGACCGGUGGGCAGGAAAAAGUUUUAGUGUUUUGGCAAAUAGCAUCUGAUAAAUUACAAUUUUUACCAAGAUUGAACGGGAAUAUUUCACAAAUUUCCACCAAUUAUUUCCCACCAGAUAAUGAUAGUACUAAAAACAAUGAUGGAAUUGAUUAUUAUACUUUGGUACUUGACAUUCCUUCGAGUCAAAAUAAUGAUUUUGAUGUAUUAGUUUUGAACUCUAUCGAAUUGACCUCAAGACUUUCCAUCACCAGUCUUAAACUCAACACCAAGAAUCCCGUGGCGUCACUCAAUAAAGAAAAGAAGAGACUUUUAACAGGAAAUGGCGACGAUAAACUCCCAAAGAUACUAAAAAUUCAAAAGGAUUAUACUUUAUCAGGGUCUUCGGAAAUCAACUCAGUGGAUAAGAACUUAUACAUGUUGAGCGGUUCAGAAAUACAAAGUUUCAGUUUACUUAAAAAUGAACAAAUGUCCAGUUUGAAUGUGGUGCCAAAGAUUUCUAUUGGUAAGGUUAAGACUGAAUUGAACUUGACGGAUCCAAAAGUUAAUCUCUUCAAAUUCACAGAAGACGGGGAAUGGUUAAUUACUGUUGAUGAGUAUGAAACCCCGAGUGUCGACAAUUUGAUUACUAAAGGGGAAGUCAGCUACUCUUUGAAGUUUUGGAAAAGAACUAACGAUGCCGAGGGUAAAAAUAGCAGUGAGAAUCAUCAUUGGGAAUUGGCCACCAAGAUUGUCGAUCCCCAUGGCGCAAAUGUCAAGAUUUUGGAGAUUGUCACUGCUCCUAGUGGAUAUUUCAAAGGUACUGCUUUCUUGACUGCCGAUGCCAAGGGGGGUAUUAGACUUUGGAGACCUCAACAACCAAAGCUUUCGUAUAAUAUUGCUAAGGCCAACAAGCUCCAACCGACGGCUUGGACUUUACGAAAAUUCAUUACUUCAUUGAUCAGUGGCCAUGCUGAAAAUGUCUCGGUUGCCUGGUCUGAAGAUUCUACCUUGAUUCUCAUGAGUUUGGGUAAUAACAUAUACAAAAUUCCUUUGUCUAAUUUUGAUAACUGGAGUUAUUUAACAUACAACAAACAAUUGGUGAACAGCAAGAAUAUCAACUGCAUUAAGUUAAUCAAUAACGAUUCUAACUUGCUAGUGUUCAGCGAUGAGUUUUUGUUGAAUUAUAAUUUGAUAAAUGAUAAAGUUGUCUAUGAAUACAAGGUUGAUGGUAACAAGUUGGAUAUAAAUGAGAAAUUGGUAUCGUUCGACCCAAUCAAUAAGAGAUUCACCGUGGGUUUCAAUUAUUUUGAAACCAAGGGGUCUGAAAUCAAUGAAUCUUCAGCAGUGUUGGUGUUUGAUUACCACCAACCAAAACCAACGGGAUUAACCAAAUAUAACCAUUAUAUUUCUGCGGUGAAAUGGCUUCCUGGUACCGAGAAUUUUAUCAUCUUGGACACCACUCAUAAAAUCAGUCUUUUGGAUUAUACUUCACUAUCAUCACACGUUCCAUCAUUGGUAACGAUUCUUAGCGGCUCAAAGAGUGAAACCGCUGACAAUUUCGCCGAAGAAAUGGUUUCUUUGGUGCAAACCAGUAAACCAAUCAGUUUCGCUAAACCAUCAGGGCAUGCUAACAACAACAACAAUGAUGAUGAUGAUGAUGUCGAUAUGAUUGAUGAUGAUAAUGACAAAUUUUGGUACGGAAAGAGAAUCAAUAAUCAUACUUUCGAAUCGGUGCUCAACAAUAACUUGGAAAACAUGGACAUGGAAGACUUGUUCAAUUCGAUUGUCGAGUGUAUAUAA